CUUCUUUUUCUUUUACUGUUUCGCUUUCCUUUUCGUUCUUCUUUGGUUCUGGAUUUGGUGACUUGGUUAUUACUACUUGAAUGUUGAAGAACUUCAUCUUCGCACACUCACUGUGCUGUGCUGCUUAUUGAUGCUUCUCUCCUCCGGGUUACGAGCGGAGGGUUUGCGCCUCGCCGGUACAUGUAGAUCCCUACGGAACGACCGCAUUUGAGCGAUCUGAAAUUACCGUUCACCCUGCGAUAGCCCUUUUUUCUUGGGGGAGUCAAAGAGCCGGAAAGCUCUGUGCACUGGGAAUAUAGUGUCUGAAGCUGUAGACGGGUCAACGAGUUUGCGAUCUGGGAUCAGAAGCGGUCGCCAACAUGAACAGACAACUGCAGCUUAAUACGGCCAACCUGGGCCCCAAUCCAAGAUACUCUUAUAUGGAAACUCCAAUGGAAAUGCACGCUCCAGGGAGCCGACUGAGAGAUGAGAUCACACCUCCGGCGGCAGCCCAGUCAGCAGAACCACAGACUGUCAUGGAGCACUUUCAACCGCCGUUAAACGAAAAGUCGCAACAGUACCAGCAAGAUAUGGCCGUUCAAGGCUACCCAUGCGGGCCGAAUCUCGAGCAACAUCCAGCCAAUUAUGCGCCGUACGCGGACGAAAUCCAGCAAGUCCAGCAGAAUCCUAAAGUGCCCGAAUACUCAUACGCACAGCCUCCACAAUCCCCAGGCCCUCUCCCAGUCAAAAGGGACCUGGAAAUGGCAGAGCCGUUACCGCAAAAAGAGCCUAUGGCUGUUGUACCAGACACGAAUCCUUUACAUUCGCCCCAAUUACCUCAGUUUCCCCCUCCAGUCGCCCACGGGGCGCCAACAACACCUGUAGGAUUUGAUCUCAUGGCAUAUCAUCGUCCAGGUCAAAUAACUCACCCAGAUCUUGAGAUAAAAGGCGGAUCGUGGCGCACUAGCAUGUGCGGAUGCUAUGAUGUUGGGUCAUGCUGUCUCGGGCUACUCUGUCCAUGCGUCCUUUUCGGGAAGACGCAAUAUCGACUUUCUAUGAAGUCAAGAAAUGAAGACCCAACAAAUAUGCUCGGGUAUGAAACGUGCAAUAGCUCCUGCACUGUUAUGGCUUUGCUCUGCGGUUGUCAAUGUCUUUUGGCGGCGUACCAGCGCCGUCGAACGCGAAAAGCCUAUAAGAUUGAAGGGGAUAUUGUCUCCGACUGCGUUCGAGCAACGUGCUGCACAUGCUGUACGCUCAUUCAAAACGAGGUCGAGGUCAAGAAACGGGAAGAAGAACGCGGGAGAUAUGCCAGUGCCACGGGGGCAGCAUUGGUAUCACCAUACUUGCCUCCGACGCAGAUGUCGUACGGGCCACCUCCGAGAUGAUGGGAAGGCUGCAGGAGCUUUCCCGGGGGAAGAAUGUGGGGGUGUGAGACCCUGAUCGCUGCUUGAAUUAUAAAGGGGGGUGGAGUAAUGGGGAUAUUUGUACGACGGAAGUGGUGUCUGAAUAGGGGACGCAGUGCAUGGGAUCUGGAUAAAUCCGGUCCUCUCUCAUCCACCUGUACUACCAUGCUUGUUUUGUUGGGAGGCUGAGGUCUCCAUGUGAUCGACCGUCAGUCAAAACACUCUCCCUCGUGGCCUUCGUCUUAUGCUUGGGUUCCCAUCGCGGGUUGAUUUUUUGUCAUGAUUGCUGGUGUGGACCUACAAUUGGGGGUCUAGCCAACCUGUACAUACAUG